AUGGCUUGGCGCAAUGAGUCGGUCGCUUUUACAUUGUCGCAAGAGACCUCUCAACAAGGCUGUGGAUAUCCACAGGAGAUGUGUCUAAUGAAAAUCUACCAGCGCCUCUCCAACUUCAUCAUGACUGGGAUGCAAGUUGAUGGUGAAAUUGAGGAGAUGGGCAGCCUUAUUGUCACCGUAGACGUCUGCAACUUCAUCGAGUAA